CGUACCCGACCGACGCCUUUACCCCCAUGGUUGAAAACAAAAGAGACUUGGGUUUUCUUAUUACGCAUUUUUCACGGACAUCAGUUUCCAAAUUCUGCUGCCCAAGUACAGAAAGAACUGAACUUGGCACUUUUCCGUUAGGUACUUUGCAUUAAGUUCCCGCAUUAAAUUCUACGCGUCCGUUUCGACCCAUUGAAGAGGUGGUCUGCGUUUCGUAUAUAGAAGGGUCAUUUCCAAGGACGCAACCGCCGCUUCCAGCCAUAAUACCCACAUAUUGACGUUUCUGUACCAUCCACCGGCGUCACCCUUCUUCAAUUCUGCCGAUAUCAUCAUCAUUCUUGAAAUUCUAUAUCGCCCAACAUGAGAGAAGUCAAUUUUAGCAUCCCCAACGUCAAUAAGGCGUCGGUGGGCAUCACCACCGCCUUAUACGACCGCCGGGCACUUGAUUGCACUUCAACUCUCCCCCUCAUCAACUCGCUCAAUCAUCUCGCUUACCUUACGACUUCUUCGGCUCGCAUUCGGGAUAUCCUAACCGUCGACGGAGGAAUCGAGAGGCUGGUAUGCAUAUUGAAACAGGGACGGAGCAAAGAUAUGAUGGAUAUGUGGAAGUGGAAUCUAGCCUUCCAGUGUGUAGUCAACAUUGGAGUUAGAGGAACUGAGAAUGUGAGGACUCGGGUGGUCGAGGCUGAUAUGGUUCCCGUUAUCGCAACUAUACUCGAUAACUAUAUCAAGGUUAUCGAAAAGUGCCGCGAAAAGGCAGAAGAGGCCAAGCAGAAGCAGAUAGCUGACCACCAACAGCGACACCGGAGUCAUAGCCAUCGGGAGCCGCCAUUCAAAUCAUCUUUCGCAAAUCGUUCUAGUCGCUUAGACCUCGACCAAAGGGCUUUCCGUCGGCAAGCUCCACCGCCGUCUAUCGAUGUCGCAGCCGCUUCUUUUGCGAGCACGUCGGCUGCGGCCGAGCAGGCUACUACUGAGGUUGCUCCAGCUAUCCCAUCAUUUCCCAUCACAUCUCCUCCAGAUCGUUCUGCUUUCCCCAACCACCGUCAUCAUCACCAUCAUCAUCACCACCAUCACCACCAUCAUCAUCACAGACAAGAAAGUCGGCCGAACAUUAUAUCACCGUCGCGGCAGGUGAUCCAACCCUUGGCGAGUGCGGUCCCGACUAUGGAGGCGGUUGAUGGUUUCAUUCGUCCUGUUCGAGACAUCGACCGACUACCAUCAAUGGUACCAGUUUUCCACCCCGGCCUACCAUCACAACCUACUUCGCCUACCACGCCUUUACCUCCACCUCAAACCCACUCGCCGGCGGUUAGACCUACCUCGGAAUUAAUGCCAAACGGUCGGUCUAGGCGACGCCCUUCCAUACGUCAUCAGAACUCGACUACGGAUGCGGAUGAUUUGAAUGCUACCGAUAGCGUGCAAUCAGACGAGUCUCAAGAUGCUGAGAUGUCUGGUACUGCUGACAUCCAGCCUACGGUUGGCUUCCAGGAUAUUGCUAUGGAAGAGGGCGACAGUACUCUAGCUGGUGCUGCUCUCGACUUGACAACGCCGACGGUCUCCGAGAUCCCAGAUGCGGGAACCUUCAACAUCACACAUCGAACCCCUCUAGACGGCAGUCUACCAAAUAACACGCCGACCCCCGGGCCGGCAAUGGGUCUUUCUCCUAACCGUCCCAUUGUGCCUACUCCGCAACCUUCUCUUCCGAACCAUGCAAGUGUACCGCGGUACCUUUUAGAUCGGCCAGUUCCCCCGAACCCGCAGAUGCUAGCAGCGAUGCCCAGAGAGGAGGAUGUAUUAAUGUCUCUGCAACUUCUAGCAUACGUUUCAAAGUACUGCAAUCUGAGGUCGUAUUUCCAACAGAGUCACCUCGUGCCGCGGCUUCAAAUAGGGAAGGAGUUGCAAUUACUUGACGGGGAUAACGUAACGGCAGAAUCAUUGGGACAGCAAGAGUACGAGGAAGAAUAUCUCCUUCCAAACGACUUUAACAUAUUCCCAUUGGUAGAGAAGUUCACAGUGCGGUAUCAUAGUACCGAUAUGCAAUAUUGGGCUGGGGUCGUGAUGCGUAACCUCUGCCGCAAGGACGAUACCCGAGGUGGCAUUCGACAAUGUGCAUACUACCAGUGCGGUAAAUGGGAGGAAUACACGCGGCAGUUUGCUAAGUGCCGGCGAUGCCGUCGAACGAAGUACUGCAGCAAGGAGUGCCAAAAGAGCGCUUGGGCAUUCCACCGUCACUGGUGUGUCGCCACUUCGCAAUGAUCAUGCCUUUCCAUUCCAUAUCCACAUCUCACAUCUCACGUCAUUACAUUUCGCAUGGCGUUUUCUCAGCAUAAAUGUUCUACUUGAUCGAUUUGAUUCAUGACUUGAAUUGCAUCGCGAAAGCAAGCAUAGCACCAACAUGGCGUCUGCGCUCUGAUACCACUGAUUUUGCUCAGCAUUAUGGCUCUCCUUUGUCACUGGCUGCUAUCGGACGGAUUAUUACGAAAUGCAGCCCCCUUUUUUCUC